AUGCGAUCAGCCGGGUGGCCGCUGUACCUGGUCCAGGUCCUCUGCCUCUGCCUCUGCCGUAUCGGCGCCGGGCGGGACCUGCGAGUCCUGCAACGACGCAACCUGGACCAGCUGAACAGCACCGUGGGCGGUCGACUUCGGGCGUCGCAACCACUAGCGGCUCCCUGCUACCAGGAGCCGGACGGGGAGGCGUGCGCCUCGUACCGGGAGGCCCUGAGCUCGGGCAAGCCUGCGUUUUACCGCACCAGCCGCUACGAGGGAUUCCAGUAUCUGCAGGGCGAGGCGUGCGCCUCGCGGCCGUCCGACCAGUGCAUGCUGGACCCCGCCACGCUCGAGCCCGUGCAGAAUUCCACGUGCGGACUCGGCGUCCUCUCGCCGACCUAUCUCGAGAUCACGGGCGCCGACGACGUCCAGGCCGUCUUCGCCUAUGCCCGCCGGACCGGCACCGCGCUGUCCAUCAAGAACAGCGGCCAUGACUAUGUCGGCCGGAGCAGUCGUCGCGGGUCCCUGGCCAUAUGGACGCGGGGAUUGCGAAACAUGACAUAUGAUGCGUCAUUCCUCCCUGAUGGCGCCACAUACCGUGUACAUCCGGUUCCCGCCCUCACGCUUGGUGCAGGUGUCAGUACCGACGAGUCGUAUGACUUUGCCCAUAGCAAGGGCGUGCUAUUCGCUGGUCCCGUCGUUGGCUCCAUCGGACCGGUGGGCGGGUGGUCCUUGAACGGGGGCAACGGUGUUCUCACGGGCAGUCGUGGUCUCGGUGCAGACCGGCUUCUCCAGUCUACAAUCGUCACACCCGACGGCGAGGUCCGGAUCGCCAACAAGUACACCAACACAGACCUGUACUGGGCCCUCCGUGGCGGCGGCGGCGGCGCCUUUGGCGUCGUGCUCGACUCCACCUUCGAGGUCGAGCCCGAAAGACCCAUCACGGCGGCCACCAUCUUUUUCCCGGGCACGGCAGACAACCAACGGCCCUUCGUGGAUAUCCUGGCGCAGAACAUGGUGCGCUGGUCCCUAGAAGGCUGGGGCGGCCCGUCUGGGACCAAUCUGACCUUCCUCUCCAACCCCUAUCUCAACGAGAAGGAAGCCGCCCUCAGCCUGGCCCCCGCCAUCGAGUACGCCACCAGCCAAGGGGGAAGCGCCGCCAUCUCCGUCUGGCCCACCUACUACGAGUACUACGUCGCCGUCGUCAACGGAAGUCUCGCCGCUCCGGAGCCUAUCAGCAACGCUGGACUGAUCACCAGUAGGACAAUCAGCGUUGAGGUUUUGAGCAACACUGCCUCGCGAGAACGGGUCGUGGACACUAUCAUGGCGUCUCAGAAUGCCGGUGUCCCCGUCAACAUGCUCACGACGCCGCCUCUGCGCUAUGCGGCAGACCAUGAAGGCGCGGAGGAGGAGGUGUCCAUGCAUUCCGCGUGGUAUGAAUCGGCGUGGUUGGUGGUGGCACAGACUGCAUUCACCCCGAGCACACCUCUGUCGGUCCGGGAGACUUUGGCAUCGAGCCUCCAUAAUGUCACGUUGGCGCUGGAUGCGGCGUCUCCGGACGGAGCUACCUACGGCAAUGAGGCGGAUUGGUGGCUCCAGGAUUGGGCUGAGCAUAUAUGGGGGGCUAAGUACGCCCGGCUACUGGAUAUCAAGAAGUUCAUCGAUCCAGAUGGGCUCUUGGCUUGUUGGCACUGUGUAGGAUGGGAGGAUUCUUUGCCGGGCUAUGAAUGCUUAGCAGAUCUUUCACCGUAUUAG